AUGCUUCAGAUUUCGAAGGAGAAGGUUGCGGCAGAAGGCCAGAUGAUCCUGACAGACCGGGGCAACUUCUAUCGGCAUGGCAAGGAUCGCACAAUUGGCAUUUCAUUCCACCCUCGUGCGGACUACGUUGGUUUCCAUGGCUCCGGAAUCGCGCUUCGCGUGGUCUCCUAUCUCCCUCUCUCUCGCUCUUCCCCAACGUCCUCCGGGAGGUCCAGGGUUGCCAAGCACAAUCCCGACAAGAUCACGGCCCUGCAGCGAUCGCAGGAUGAAACCAGGACUAAUGGCUACUGGAAGCGGGGGGCGCUGCCCGCCAGGAGGCUGGUCGGGCGGGGAAGCGUGCGAGACUCGUACGACUCGGAUGUCGUCGAGCUGUAG